AUGUACUUCCGAUUGGUAGCCGCUGAUAUAACCCAUAGGUCACCGUCUAAGGUUAAAGUUAGUUCAUCGUCGACGAAUAGACGUAAAAUAAAAUCGAAUAAUUCCAUAGACUUUAAGGACCAAAAUUCAGACGUUUAUUUAAACUCAUUACAAUUGAUUUCUAAAUAUGGAUACACUCCUGAAGUACAGACAGUUAUUACGAGUGACGGUUACUUAGUGAAGUCGUAUAGAAUACCGAAUAGUGGACCUCCAGUUUUGUUAGUGCAUGGAAUUGGUGACAGUUCUGACUCGUGGUUGGUGUUAGGUCCUUCAAGAUCAGUGGCUUUUCAAUUAUCGGAUCUGGGAUAUGACGUGUGGAUUUACAAUGCUCGAGGGAACAAAUACAGCCAAGGACAUGUCAAAAAUCUUAAUCAAAAGCAAUAUUGGAAUUUCAGUAAUGAAGAAAUGGGAACUGAAGAUUUACCUGCUUUGAUUGAUCACAUACUUCUAACCACUUCCCAAAAGAGGUUGUCGUAUAUUGGAUUUUCUCAAGGAACCACAAAUUUUUUGAUCAUGUGCAGUAUGCGACCUGAAUAUAAUGAAAAGAUUAAGAAAGCAAUUCUGUUGGCUCCUGUAGCCUGGAUAAGUAAUAUCAAGUACCCAUUUAUGGACGUAUUUGCUUCGAAUAUUAAUUUGUUAUACUCAUUUUUUAAUGGAAUUGGAGUGUAUAAUUUAUUUUCGGAUAAUGUGUUCUUAAACUUGUAUCAUGCCAAGGUAUGUCAAGAUGGAGUGACUGGACAAAUCUUGUGUGCUUUGGAAUUUUACAUCGCUUAUGGCAUUAAGAAUAUAAAGAAUCUUUAUCCAGAAAAACUUCCUGUGCUCGCUAGUCAUAUUCCUGCAGGUAUAUCAACAAAGACUUUUGUUCAUUUCUUUCAAACCUAUUUAAGUAAAAGAUUUCAACGAUAUGAUUAUGGCUCUAAGGCAAACCAACUUAUUUAUUCAUCGCCUGUACCACCAAAUUAUAAUUUAUCGCUGGUAACAGCACCUCUUUAUAUUUUUUAUAGUGAUUCUGAUUGGUUUAGUACAACAGUAGAUGUAAAGAAUCUUUUGAGUAAGCUACCAAAUGUAGUAAAAUACGUUAAUUUUAACGAAUCUUUAGACUUUACUCACUUAGAGUUCAUUUAUGGAGCUCGAAUAAACUCAUUUAUAAAUGAUAAAAUCAAAAUGAUACUUGACAAUAGAUUGUAA